GUGCGCCUGGCCCUGGUGCCCACCUUCACUGCGUUCAUGGCGAGUCUGCCCGCCUCCCACCGCCCCCAGUGCGCGCACCUGCUGCCGCGCCUGCUGUGGCGCCAGGGGGUGGCGCCCGAGGAGAUGGAGGCGCAGGAGAGAGCAGCUCGGGCAGCAGCAGAGGCAGCAGAGGCAGCAGAGGCGGCAGAGGCGGCAGAGGCAGCAGAGGCAGCAGUAAUGGCAGCAAUGGCAGCAGCAGCAGCAGCAGCGAAGGCAGAGGCAGAGGCAGAAGCAGCAGCAGCAGCAGAGGGAGCAGAGGGAGCAGAGGGAGCAGAGGGGGCAGAGGGGGUAGUUGGAGUAGAGGGAGGAGAGGUGGGAGCGGGUUGCGCUCCAGCUGCAGUGGCAGCUGCCAGUGAAGGCGUGGAGAGUGGAGGCAGGCGACCAGAGGGGCUGGUCGUCACUCCCUUGAACCCACCUCCUGAUACGGACAGCCGACGUGCAGAGGGCACUGUUGCUCAAGGCCCCACUAAAGUGGGAUUCGUUAUCAGUAGCGGUCUAAGCCAGGAGGCAAGUGUAGACGAUGAUGAGUAUGUGGACAGCCCCCGGUACCCCCCUGCUAGUGCCCUCCUGGGUGCUCCUGGGGGUGCUGCUGGUGCAGAUGCUGUUGGUACUGUGGAUUCUGCUGGUGCUGCGGGUGCUGCUGGUGCUGUAGGUGCGGAUGCUGCUGGUGUGAGCGAUGGCAAUGAGAGAGGGGAGAGGGCGGCUGGGACAGAUGGAGAGGGGAGAAUCCAGGAUGGAGGAGAGGAGGGAAAUGAGGGACUGCGAGGGGAGACAGGGGAUCUGCACGGAGAGAACCCAGGAGCGGAGCAGCGAGGGGAUGAGGGGGAGAAGAAAUCAAGUGCCAAGGUGUGGGGAGAAGAGGCAGGAUCAGGAGGGGUUAGCUCGGUUGUGGGGAGGAGGGAGGCAGGGGGGAGGGAGGAGAGUACUGGGCUUUGGGCGAAGCUGAUGAGUGGAUUGGCUGGUCUCGGGGCAGGUGGUUUGCUGGGGGAGAUGGCAUCUGGGGCAGGCGUGGAGGGUGUGGGAAGGGAUGUGGACAGUAAGUGUGAGGGGUCGAGUGUGGGGUUGAGUGAGGGAACCAGGGAAGAUAGUGUGAGUGAAGGGAGUGUGGAAGGGAAAGAGGAGGGAGAGGCGGAGGGAGCAGAAGGAGCAGAGGGGAGACUGCAGGGCAAAUGGGCAGAGGUGAGAGGGGACCUUGGUGGUGAAGGUGAGGGUGCACCUGAGGGUGAUUCUGGUCGGGGUGAUUCUAAUGAGAGUGAUGCUGGCACACGAGGUGUGGCAGCAAAUGGAUCGCAUAUGGGCGAUUCUGCUGGUGGUGGCUGUGCGGCUGCUCCUGCUGGCAGCCACAGGGGAGCUGCAGGAGGAGCGUGUGGGAAAGAGGGGGAAGAAAAGGGACGGGAGGGAGGAGGCAGUGAGGGAGAGGGAGGAUGGAGGGAUGGGGAGGAUAGAGGGACUAGUGAGAAGGGGGAAGGAGUGAGGAGAAUUGGGGAGCAAGGAGGCAGCAAAAAGGGGGAAGAGGGAGGAGAGAGAGAGGGGGAGGAAGGAGGCAGCAGAGAGGGGGAAGGAGGAGGGGGGAGAGAGUAUGGUGUGGGUGUGGAGGCGGUGUGGGACCGUGGAGGAGAGGGGACAGGUGAAGAGCCAGGGGAUAUGAGCAGAGUGGCAGCAGGAGAAGGGAACAGUGAGGCGGGCAGCGAGGGGGAUCCAGGGCAGGACGGAAGGGGGAGCAGUACGGAGAAGGUCGGGCAUGCACUCAGCACAGCACAGGAGGGAGGGGAGCACGAGCGUCACAGUGAACGUGUUGGACAGGGAGAGCACCAACCCAGAGCCAACCAGCAAGAUGGGCAGCGACAUGCCAGCAACGCGGAUGAGGGAGAGGGGCACCCAACUGGAACGACGCGGCAAGGGGCGGAGAACUACUCUGCCAGCAGCGGUCAAGAGGGGGCGGAGCAUGGGUAUCCUCCGUUAGGCCCCCGCGAGGGGGGGAGUGAGCGUGGUCCCUCCAGCAGCGGGCAGCAGUGUGGGGAGUAUCGGUGCCUAUCAGAGAGCUCUCAGAACGACCCCCCUGCGAGCAGUGCGCAGGAGGGCGGGGAGUAUCGGCUGCAGGUGCAGGUGGGCACGCCGGCGCCCAACACUGUGCGUGUCCAUGUGGCGGCUGCUGACUCGCCGAGGCCUCUGGUGCUGGGCGGCAGCAACCCGAGUGCGCAGCUGAGGACCCUGCCCAGCCGCAACCGCCUGCGGCCGCAGCUGAGGCUGCCAGGGCGGGAGAGCAGCUGGCACCUGCGACUUGCUGCACUCAGCCAAGCCUCAGACGUGGCUCAGCUGCUGCCGCCCAACAGCACCUCCCUGCCCCUCCUCGUUGACCUCGUGCUCACUCUCUGCAGGGAUCGAAUUGCCACCGUGCGGGAGGAAGCAGCCAAGCAGGCUGCCAAGCUGCUGACCCUCACUACCUUGUCUGCUGCCACGUCAGCAUCACUGCAAACAGCCACAUCAGUGUCAUCCGUACCUGCCACUUCGCCUUGCCACGCAUCAUUAACCUGCAAACCAGCAUUUGCUGCCACGUCAGCAAGACAAGGGUCAGCAGAGCAUGCAGACUGUGUUGACUCACGUGCAUCCGCCGCGUAUGAGCCUGCUGACCCCUCAUCUGCCGAACCUCAUUCUGCUGACUCCACAUCUGCCGAACCUCGUGCGACUGACUUGUAUGCUGCCGAGCCUCAUGGUGGUUCGGGCUGCAGUGCAGUGUAUGGGGAUGGUGAAGCAAGGGGAGGCGAUGGGGAGAGUGAUGGUGGGGAGAGGCAGAGGAGUGGGGAGAGGCGGAGGGAUGGGGAGAGCAGUGGCAACAGUCAGCAGGGAGCUCAGGAGGAGGGGGUGCACGAGAGCACAAUGGCCAAUGUCAGCGGCCACAGUGACCAUUGCAAUCACCAUCGUGGUUCUGAUGGUUCUGCUGAUUCGCACAGCCAUCGUGCUGUGAAUGGGCAUCAUGACAUGAACAGCCCUCAGCGCCACGAUUGCCACCCCCCUGAUCGCUAUCCUGUGGACAGUGGUCAGCGGCAGCACACGCGCCAUUUGCCUGCAGAUGCUGCUAAUACCACACACCCCCGCUCUAACUCUUCCUCUUCCUCUCACACUCUCCCUCACACUCACUCUCACUCGCAUGCCCAUCCUUGUCCUGCCGCUCCCUCUGCUUCCCAUCCAUCUGCUUUGCACACUGACUCUGACGCCUUGGCGUCUGAGGCGCUCCUAUCGGCCUUGGCUCGCCUCGCCACCAGCCGCAACUUCCGAGACCGACAAACGUUCGGCAUAGCGUGUACUGAGCUGCUGGACUGCGUCGGCCCGACCCUGGCAGUGCCUUUCCCUCCCUCACCAUUGCAGUCCUUCCCUCCUCCCACCAAGCACACACACCCCUCCCCACACACACUCUCCUUGUCUACUCCACACUCUCUAGCUCUCCAAAACCAGGCCAACGCACACCUCCACGCAUCCUCUUUCCUCCUCUCAGCAAUUCUCCCGCUUCUCCUCCCCCUGGUCUAUGACAACGUGCCAAAUGUCAGAAUACGAGUGGCUGAGGCUCUCUCUGCCGCCUGGCCUGCACUGGAUGCCCUCAGUGUCACAGACCUGUCAAGAACAGCUGACACCGGUAUGCCAGCUACAUCAGCAGCAGCAGCACCACCACCACCACCACCACCGCUAGCAGUGCCACACAUAGCACCAGCGGCAACCGAGCUAGGAACAAACCUAGCAGAGCAGCUUAUGUCGGGGGCGCAACCGCAGCCAAUACCAGAGCAGGAGCAGGUACCAGCACCGCAGGCACGGCUGGAUGAGCUGCGAGUGUCAGUGGCGUCUGCUCUGUCGCUGCUGGAGGGUGAUGAGGAUGCUGAUGUGGCAUGGACUGUUGUGGCUAGAGUGGCUUCCCCACACGAGUAUGGGAUGGGCUAAUCGCUUCUCCCAGCUUUGUCCAGCAGCCUAACACCAAACAUCAACACAAGGCUUGGCUUGUCUUCCUGUCUCAGGGAAUUGAACAAAUCUUAGUUGCUGGAUGGUAGAUCGAUUCAAUAGUUCACUCUUACCGGUAUUGCUAAAUCAAGUAAAAUGGUAGAAUUUUC